AUGUCGUAUACAGACAGAUUGAUUGUAACUGGUGUUAGUUUGAGAGAUGGAUCGGAGUUGGAUAAUUUGAGAAAGUUUCGUAGUUCUGAGCAAGUGAAAGAUCAUGUGAUACGUCGUGGUUUUAAGCAAGGGUAUAACCGUUGGAUAUGGCAUGGUGAAAGUCUACUUCCUAGUAGUAGUGGUGGUGCUUAUAAGGAAAAUGAUGAUAUUGAAAAGGGAAAAAGUAGUGAUGACGAUAAUGAUGGAGAUAAUGAUCGAAUAGAUGAAAUGAUUCGUGAUAUGCAAGGAGAUUGUAGUGAAAUGCCUCAUCUUAAAAGCAAAAAUGGAUAUAGUGAUAAGGGUUUCACGGAGUUAUUAGAACUUUUAAAGGACAUGUUUCCUGACAAUAAUGAACUUCCUAGUUCAACCUAUGAGUGUGGAGCGUCCCGUUAUAAGAGAAAAAACGUUGUUGAUGUUUGUGAGGAUAAGAAAGGGCCUCCAACAAAAGUGCUAUGGUAUCUACCUAUAAUACCAAGAUUCAAACGCUUGUUUGCAAAUCCAAACGAUGCAAAGAAUUUGCAGUGGCAUGCUAAAGGGAGAAAAGAUGAUGGAAAAUUAAGAAACCCAGCUGAUUCUCCUCAAUGGAGUAACAUUAAUAGGAUGUUUCCUGAAUUCGGUUGUGAAGACAGAAACCUUAGACUUGGGCUAUGUACAGAUGGAAUGAAUCCCCACGGAAAUAUGAGCAGUCGACAUAGCACUUGGCCAGUUCUUUUAGUGGUUUACAAUCUUCCUCCAUGGUUAUGUAUGAAGCACAUGUACAUCAUGUUAUCUUUGAUGAUUUCAAGACCUAAACAACCUGGAAAUGACAUAGAUGUAUACUUAACACCACUUAUUGAUGAUUUAAAAAUAUUGUGGAAUGAAGGUGUUGAUGUAUUUGACGCAUAUAGUCAAACCAACUUUACCUUACGUGCUAUGAUAUUUUGCACAAUAAAUGAUUUUCCAACAUAUGGUAACUUGUCUGGUUAUACUACUAAAGGAGCUAAGGCAUGUCCCAUUUGUGAGGAUGAAACAAAUGAUCUAUGGUUGAGUAAUAGUAGAAAGAAUGUGUUCAUGAGUCAUCGGAAAUUUCUCUCUAUUGACCAUCCUUACCGAAAGAAGAAAAAGCCUUUUAAUGGAAAAAUUGAGACUCGACUAACCCGGUUGCCAUUAUUAGGAACUACAAUUUAUGAACGAGUCAAAAAUCUAAAUGUUGAUUUGGGUAAAAUAGUUAAGACUUCUCAUAAGAGUCUUUGGAAGAAGAGGUCAAUAUUUUGGGAUCUACCAUACUGGGAGCAUCUAGAUGUAAGGCAUUGUAUUGAUGUGAUGCAAGUAGAGAAAAAUGUUUGUGACAGUAUUGUGGGGACACUAUUGAACAUUUAG